GGCUAGGCGAGAAGCGACACCCAGAUCAACCCCGCGCUCCCGCACGCGCUGCUCUGGAGGCGCGCCGAUCCCCGCCUACGAGCAGAGCCUGACCCCCCAAGCCCCGGCCAAGGCAGCCCAGAGGCGAGCGCGGCGACGGCCCGUGUGCAUCAGCGAUCUUGGUGGUUAGGAGCGUCCUCACCAUCACUCAGACAGCAAACAGUCUUCACAUCACCUGCACCACCCGGGCUGCCGCGCCCGCCGCGUCCCAGAACUACGCGCCCCGUCUCUAGGGGCCCGGCACACGGCAGCCUCCGCAAACAGCAGCGGUGGACUCGGAACCUCUCGCCCAAGGCCGCCGGGGGAGCCCCCAGGAGUUCGGCCCCGUCGCUCCGAGCCCCGCAUUGCGGCGCUGCGCUCCGCGCCGGGGCCCUCCUCUCUCCACUCCCCGACCCAGCCGCCGGGAUUCUACCCGGCCCAGUGCCACCCCGCCAGGCCCCGCGGGGUUCCCCUAGCGCUACGCCGUGGAGGGAUCCCCGCACGGCCACGCCCCGAAAAGGAUGGCAGUGGAUAGAAGCCGGACCCAGCUCAACACCGAAAACCGCCAGAUGGCUCACCAUCUUGGAAGGCUGGAGAAGAGAGAAAGAAAAAGAGAAUUGUGGGUAAUAUGUAGGCGACCUCGGAGAUCGCGAGAAUUGACGCCUGCGCGGGAUUUCGGAUUUAAAGCCACAGGACCGCUCUCGCGCGCUUCCUCCCGGGGGCGGUGCCUACCGCGCCUACCGCGGCGAGUCGGAGCUGUACGGGAGCGGAGUGGAGACGGCGGCAGGGAGCCGGGUCUUACUGGGAGGGACGCACGCUCGUCUCCACCCCGACCGAGUGCCCGUCGCGCCGGGAUCUGCGGACCAGGUGGCGACCGGUGGCCCCAGAUCUCUGUCCCUGCACUGCCUGAGGCCCCCGCCAUGGCCCAGCAGAGAGCCCUGCCGCAGAGCAAGGAGACACUGUUGCAGUCUUACAACAAGCGGCUCAAGGAUGACAUCAAGUCCAUCAUGGACAACUUCACCGAGAUCAUCAAGACUGCCAAGAUCGAGGACGAGACUCAAGUGUCGAGGGCCACUCAGGGCGAGCAGGACAAUUACGAGAUGCACGUGCGAGCUGCCAACAUCGUCCGAGCCGGCGAGUCCCUGAUGAAACUGGUGUCCGACCUCAAGCAGUUUCUCAUCCUCAAUGACUUCCCAUCGGUGAACGAGGCCAUCGACCAGCGCAACCAGCAGCUGCGAGCCCUGCAGGAGGAGUGUGACCGGAAGCUCAUCGCCCUGCGGGAUGAGAUCUCCAUCGACCUGUACGAGCUGGAGGAGGAGUAUUACUCGUCCAGCUCAAGUCUUUGCGAAGCUAAUGACCUGCCUCUGUGCGAAGCUUACUGGAGGCUGGACCUCGACACAGACUCUGCUGAUGGCCUCUCAGCCCCUGUGCUGGCGUCCCCGGAGCCCAGCGCUGGCCCCCUGCAGGCUGCAGCCCCUGCCCACUCCCAUGCCACUGGCCCCGGCCCCACAGAGCACGCCUGAGCCUCCCAGGGUUCCCCUCCCCGCAACCCUAGGUUCUUAAGUCUGGUGUGGCCUCCUUGGGACCUUUGGCCCGGGGCCAGCACCCCCCAGAGCGUUGGGGAAGAUACUGCCCUCAACCGUUUCCAAGGUAGCCCAUCCCUCGGAGAUGCCACCUCUGUUCACUGCCCACCUGGCCUGCUGGGCAGACGUUUCCUAGACAGUGUGUCCAGGCCAAUAGUGGGGCAGGAGGGCGUCCUGCUAUGUACAAGCCACAGGGUGGCACUCAGUGGACAGUACUGGCCAAGUCCACGCUCCACCCUCCGGUCUCCUGUGCAGAGAUGCACCUGCUGCUUUGUCCUGAGGGCCCCUGGUAGCUGACCGUCCCCGCAGGGUUGUGGUGGGGAGAGGGGUGCUGAGAGCAAGGGACCUUCCUCACUCUGCCACACACAUUCCGGUGGGUUUUGUAACAGGACAUUUGAAUAAAACAGCACUGCCAUCUUG